CAUAUACCUAUCUUAGAAACUGCUAAACCUCCAUAGGUACCUAUCGCAUGUACUUACUUGCACUCGUAUUUUUUAUUUUUAUUCUUAUUUCUUUUACCUUUGCUCCUCAUUUUUAAGCUUACUUCGAUUCCAGUUCCGGGCUUCUUCUAACGACCUUACUACGCUAUACCUGAUUAUUCCGAAUAAGGGGGGGGAAACAGAAUUGCUAUAAUACGAAAAUGUCAACGUCACACGCGACACUCAGCGCGGCAGCUGACGACCGCAAAGCGCGGCUUGCCAAACUUAAGCAGCUGAAGCGCAAGCAACCCGCCGACGAGAUCGCCCCCCCAGAAUCAGAGCGCUCGGCAUCACCGCCCGUACCACCCACAUCCACGUCCGCGGAAGAAGCUCAACAAGCCGCAGAAACAGAAGAAGCCGUGGCGCGUCUUCACUUGUCGGGCCGCAAUUAUGACCCCGAGAUGCGAGGGCCCAAGUUAGGCUUCGAGGCGCCGCCGACGCUGAACAUGGAAGGGCCGACGCUGGAGGAGCAAGCCGCCGAGGUCGAGGCCGAGAUCAAGCGGAAGGCCGCCGAGGAGACCAAAGACGACAAGGGCAUCGAUCUGUUCAAGCUCCAGCCCAAGAAGCCCAAUUGGGACCUCAAGAGGGACCUGGACAAGAAGCUAGAGAUCCUCAACGUGCGCACGGACAACGCCAUCGCGAAGCUGGUUAGGGAACGCAUCGCGAGCGCCCAGGACGCGGCGAAGAAGACGGCUAAGCCGGUGGAAAACGGAGACGGAGACGAGGGAAGCGUUGAGGCCGCGGGCAUGGAUGGCGUCGCGUUGGUCGAGGGUGUACGGGUACGAGAGAGGGAAGAAGAGGAAGAGGAGAGGAGGGAGCGCGAAGACGAGGAUAAUAUAUGAGGAUGGUAUCGCGACGAAUUAUAAAUUUGCAUGGUUAACGGCGUUUGGUUUACAGCAUCAGGGGAAAAAAAAAACCGAAC